ACUCCGGCCUGGACAGUGUCCUAAGGCAGCUGCCGUAGUCGGGCGGUCACGUGACCCGGCGUUGCACCAUGGCUGCCCCCAGGCCGCUGUCUCGCUUCUGGGAAUGGGGCAAGAACAUCGUGUGCGUCGGCAGGAACUACGCAGACCACGUCAAGGAGAUGCGCAGCGCCGUGCUCAGCGAGCCCGUGAUUUUCCUGAAGCCGUCCACCGCGUACGCCCCCGAGGGCUCGCCGGUGUUGAUGCCCACCUACUGCCGGAACCUGCACCACGAGGUGGAGUUGGGAGUCCUCUUGGGCAGGCGUGGGCAGGCCGUCCCGGAGGCCGCCGCCAUGGACUACGUGGCCGGCUAUGCCUUGUGCCUUGACAUGACGGCCAGAGAUGUGCAGGAGGAGUGCAAGAAGAAAGGGCUGCCCUGGACCCUGGCCAAGAGCUUCACGGCCUCUUGCCCAGUCAGCGCCUUCGUGCCCAAGGAGAAGAUUCCUGACCCUCACGCUCUAAGACUGUGGCUCAAGGUCAACGGUGAGCUCAGGCAGGAGGGCGAGACGUCGUCUAUGAUCUUUUCCAUCCCCUACAUCAUCAGCUACGUUUCCAAGAUAAUGACCUUAGAAGAAGGAGACCUCAUCCUGACCGGGACUCCAAAGGGAGUUGGGCCAGUUAAAGAAAAUGAUGAGAUCGAGGCUGGCAUAGACGGGGUGGUUAGGAUGAGGUUCAAGGUGGAAAAGGCAAAAUGCUGAGUAUUCUUAAUGAGUGCCAAAAGAGGAGACAGAAGCAAGUGACGUUAACCCAGUGACAAUCGUAAUGAAAAUCUGAAAAGUAUGCCAUUAGAUGGCAAGGCCUGUAUCAAAGAAGAUGGAGCCUUAAAAAUAACAUCUAAAAGGGCUGGGGCAGAAAUGGAAAUGGGGACGACCAAAAUAAAGGCUAUGGAGUGCUUCCCAGGAGGAGGCUGUGUUAAAUGAGACCUUGAGGAGUUGUUUUCUUCUCUAGAAAGAACUAAGACUUUCCAGUAAAUCACUCUGAAGUCUAUAGCUCAAAAACUGCAAAGUGAAGUGACUCCUUAAUGAUCUUAGCCUCUAGGAAAGCUGUUUAGACAGAGCACUCCAGCUGAAUUUUACUAGGGAAAGCACUUCAUCCCAGAAUCAGAUAAAAUUUUUGUAAAGUGAGCGAUUGGUGAAGUCCUGUCUUGUUUACUUUGGGUAUAUGAUAUUGGCUGUGGCUUCUGAGUUUGGGAGAUAACUUUGAAAUUGUUUCCAAAAUAAAGAUCAUUUCUUGUGUGGCCUAAAA